UGAUGAUCAGUGUGCCCUGAUGAUCUGUGUAGCCCCAGCAGUGCCACCUGUCAGUGUCCAUCAGUGCCACAUCAUUGUCACAUUUCAGUGCCUACCAGUGCACAUCAAUGCCACAUAACAGUGCCCAUCUGAACUGCCUUUCAGUGUCACCCAUCAGUGCCAGUCAGUGCCACCUAUCAAUGCCAGUCAGUGCCACCUAUCAGUGCCAUGCCAGUCAGUGCUGCCUAUCAGUGCCCAUCAGUGUUGUCUGUCAAUGCCCAUCAGCGCCACCUACUAGUGCCUCCCCAUCAGUGCCACCUAUCAGUGUCCACCAGUGCAGCCUAUCAGUGCCCAUCACUGCAGCCUCCUUAGCGCACAUCAGUGAAAGAGAAAUAUCACUUAUUUACAAAAUUUUAUAA